CAGCGGUUCCUCGAUUUAAUCAAGGAAAGAAGAAGCUUUUCUUCAUUCUGUAUGUCCUACAAAUGCAGCCUUACCGGCAGAUGUCUAUAUAUCUGUACGCGAAGACACAGUUCAACUCCUACGCAGUCGAUUUCUCUCGUGAAUGUGCAACGUGCAUCUGCUCGGGUGUACAUACACAGUGUAACUGCGAUGACGCCUUCUUGGACAUGAACGCCAGGGCAUCUGGUCGGGGAGACAUGCGGCUCUCUCGAUCUCUGGAGCUCCACAGUUCACAAAGUUCUGUGUUUCCUCGAUAUAAGUCUUUCUUGAUGCGCGCGUCUUCGUGCAUGCGCAGAGAAGGGAGAGGCGCCGAAACCUUUUGUCCAAGAUGAAGCUUCUCAAAUGGUCUUCGCUGACAUCUCCACGUCUCCGGCAUGGACGGAGUUCAUCUUCAGCUUUAGGCCUUCGGAGUUUCUUCCAGGUGAAACUUUGCCCCGUACGGCCGCGAACGACACUCUCGUCUUCUUGCUCGCUCUGAAAAGUUUCCAAAAGUUCUUUCGCAGCGUGGAGCGGCAUGUCUUCUUUCUCUUUCCCUUUGCCUCGUUCUUCUCCAUCUUAUUCUUCACUGUCUGUUUCAUCUUCUUCAUCUUCGUCCUCGUCCUAUUUAUCUUCUGUUUUGUUUUCUCCUUUGUUCUCUGCUUCGUCUUUCUUUUUUUCUUCUUCCUCUGUGUAUCUUCGUCUUUCUCUCUUCUAAUUUACUCCUUCUUUCGUCUGUCUAUUUUCUUCUGCGCGUAUGUUUGCCUUUUCAUCAUCUCCGGUUUCUUCUCUGUCUUCUGCCUUGUCUUCUUCUCCUUGCUCUUCCGCUUCUUUUUUAUCUCUUCUGCGUGGUCUCUCCCUCUCCUGUCUCCGAUCUGUUCUCCCGGUGGACUUUUGCUUUUUCGAGAUCCUCUUUCGGAAAAGAGAAAGCUUUUCACUGCUCGCCUGGGGGAGACGGGUGUCAGAAGUUCCAGGGUGCAAGUGGGCGUUUUGAGUCUCCAUCUCACAAAACGCUUGUCUUCUUCCUCAUGCUGCUUCCAUCCUCUUCACACAAUGCGCUGCCUUUGCGACCUUCGCUGCACCCGCGGGGCCUUUCCUCUCCUCGUUUUCUUCUUUUUCUUUUUCUUGCUCUCCCUGUGCUUCUCCCUCUCGGCGUCUCUCACUCUCUCCCUCUCACCCUUCCCAGUCCGAACUCCCCAGCGGUCUCUCUGCGUUUUCCUCUCUCUUCUUCCUCUUCCCUAGCUUCUUCUUCUGCCUCUCCUCUCUUCUCGUUCUCUCGUUUGUCUCGCCUUCGUUCCUCUCUCUCACCUCAUCCCUGUUCUCUCACUCCCGUUUCUUCGUGUUCCCGCGCAGCUGCGGAUGUGGAUGGUCUCUCUUUUUGUCCAGUUUCUGUUGCUCCUCUAACUCCGCGCCACUCUGUCUCUUUGGCUGUGUCGCCUCUCUGCCGCUCGCGCAAGCGGGACGUUCGCGGCGUCGAGCCUCGCUUUCUCCCUCGUUUCCUGUUGCUCUCUGGAGCCUCGGCUUCGCGGAGAGCGCGUCUUUCUUGCCGCGACGCAAACGCACAGUCCGGUCUCGCCUCUGCCCUUCCUUCUUCUCUGUGGGGGCCGCUCUUCGUGGCGACGAUUGCCGCGGUGCCGUGCUCUCUGCGCUGCCUGAAUAUCGCAAAGAAGUCGUCCACGCGCAAAAGUCGAGACUUAUGCUUCGCUCGCCAUGCCGGCAUCAGCUUACGAAAACGAAUCACUGAGAAAACAACACCGCUUCUGUAUGGCGCUACAGUCGCUCGUGACAAAUCGCGCAGAAACGCUUCCUCCUCGUUUAUCUCUUCUCCUUUGUCUUCCAUCUGUCAUCUGUGUUCCUUCCCUUCAUCAUCUCUCUCUCCUGUGUCUGCUUUCUCCUCUUCCUCCUCCUCCUCUUUCUCUCCUCUCUCGUCUUCGUUCGCUUCGACUCCCAUGUCGUUUUUUCUGAAAAGGAAUUGCAACGCCUGUUGGGGGAGAGAGAAAGACGCGGGGAAUCGCCUUUCUCUUGGAGAGACUGAAGCUCUUGCCGACUCGUCAGAGACACGACGUCGCUCGACUCUCGCCUUCGCCUUGCGGCAUUCGUUUCUUUGCCCUUCGCUUACGCGUUCUUCCUCGCGUGCGUCUCUCCCCUUUCAAGCCUCGUCUUCUUCUUCUCACUCUCGUUUGUCUGGUGCACUCUCGUCACCGCAUCAACUCUCCGAACGGAGACCUCUCGCCUCUUGGCGGUGCCUGUACUCUCUACUUGAGAGAGAGGCACGGCGGCGCCAGGAGGGCGGCGCGCGGGUGUUUUUCCUUUCCCAAGACUUGACCGAAGAUCUCGCUCACCGACUCAUCGCACAUCUUUUUUUUCAUGAUAGGGGAAACAGGAAGAAGUGCAACGUCAGGAGUGGGUGUGAGUCUUCUCAGCCUUGCCAGGCUCUUCCUGAGGCAUCUUUGGCUUCUUUGCCCUCUUCUUCGUCAUCUUCGUCCUUGCCACCGUCGUCAUCAGCAUCGCCAGCAUCUACGGCUUCUUCGUCGUUUUCAGCUUCUCCCUGUACAUCAUCUUCUCUUUCCGCAUUGUCUUCUUCUGCUUGCUCGUCUGCUUCUUCUUCCUGUUUCGUUUCUCCACCUGCGUCGCGUGAGGAAGCGAGACAACGCGACGUCACCUGCCUUCUGCGGAGGCUCACGGCGACGAGAGGAGAAGACUCCAGGUUGGCGCCCUCUGCUGACAGGCGGCUCUGGAAUCGCUCAACCGGCGGAGGAGAUUCCGACGUGGAUGUUGACCGCCCCAGAAAAACGGGAGGAAACCAGGAGGAAGGAGACGAACGGACGGCAGACGCCGACCCCUUUGUCAUUUUUGUGAAUUCAGCUGGUGGAUCUCUCAGUGCUGGACUUGCCUUGUUUGACGCCCUUUCGACGCUCCAGGCGCCGGUUUACACGGUGAAUUUAGGCCUCGCUGCGUCGGCGGCUUCUUUGCUGCUUGCGGCUGGCUCGGGUGGGCGUCGCUUCGCCGUCGAGCAAAGUUCUGUUCUGCUGCACCAGCCAGCAGGCAGUUUGGCGGGACGCGACUCCGAGCUUCAGGACGAGAGAAGAGAAGUCGAGAAACUCCACGAGAAAGUAGUCCGCCUCUACAGGUGCGAGACUGCCGAGGAGGCAACGCGGAGCGAGAGGACAGAGAGAGACACAAACGUACUCACGAGAAAGAGGGAGGAAUCGAGGAGAGAGCGGGAGGAAGACGAUCGUCCUUCAGAUGGGCACAACGAUGAGGUAACGGGCAGACCAGAGGCGCGGGUGAGGCGCGACAUCAAGGAAGAGAAAGUCUUGACAGCUGAGCAAGCUUGUGAAUACGGCCUCGUGGACGCAGUUCUGCCUCUCUUUGAUGCGAAGGAAAUUCGCGCUUAAACGGCCUUCAGUCGGCGCCGCUCCACGAGGUAUUUCCCAGAGACGCCCUGCGGGGCAUGGUCAUGCGGUGUACAUACACCCGAGGCGAGGAGAGAGAGAGGCAGUUGUCUGGUUUUGUGCAGAGUUCCGCUCACUUUCAGAGACAGGGAAUCUGUCAGGCAUCAAAGCGCUUUUGUUGCGUUCGUCGAGACGAGGCGUGGACGCGACUCCUACAGUAAAAACGAGGAAAGACGAGAAAUACGCGGUGUGUAUACACCCGAGAGAAGGCAGGCAGGAGGUGCCUGAGAAUCCUGUUUUAUCCUUAUGUGCGCGUUUGCAGCAGUUGCGGUGGACCCGUGAUGUUUUUUUCUUUCGGUAGACGAGAGCGAGACGGAUGCUGGGUCGUUUCUCUCAGCAUUUUUUGAGCAGUUCAGGGUGUAGGACAUCUUUUUGCCAACACUGAGAUAAAUGUGGGCUUGCUUGUAGAUAAAUACGUGAGUUUGUCUGGAUAUGUGUCGACUUCCGAAGGUGUAAGUAUACAAACAAAGGGAUGCAUCUAAUGUGGUUUGAGGCUACGCCUGCAAUGAACACAAGGGCCGCCGAGACUCUUUCCAUCUUUUGUCGGUCAAGUUCCGUACCAGGUGUAUCUGCAGGCGGGAGUACUAAUAACUGUGACAGAAGCUUCGGCGGGACUCCGUAUGAUCUCCAAAAGUCUGAACUUUU